GCCAAGCAUCGGCGGUGCGCUUGCCGGGAGAGGACGGUUGGCCACAGCCGCUUUCAACCCUCUCCUCUCCGGUGAGCAGUCGCAAAAACUCGUUUCUCGAAACGCAAGAACGUGACCUUUCGGUGCGGAGUGCAAGAGAAAAAGAGGACCACAUCGUAAGGGCAGGGAGGAGAUGGAGGGCAGCAGCUCGCGGUUCCAGUUGGGCGUGAUCGGUGCGCUGAGCCUCUCCGUGGCGUCCUCCGUGGCGAUCGUCAUAUGCAACAAGGCCCUCAUCAGCACCCUCGGCUUCCCAUUCGCAACGACGCUGACAAGCUGGCAUCUGGUGGUGACGUUCGGGACUUUGUACGUGGCUCAGCGCUUCCGCAUUUUCGAGACGAAAUCGGUGGACAUGAAGACUGUCAUGCUCUUUGGGCUGCUUAAUGGCGUCUCCAUCGGCCUUCUCAACCUUAGCCUUGGUUUCAAUUCUGUUGGCUUCUAUCAGAUGACAAAACUAGCGAUUAUCCCCUUUACAGUACUGUUGGAGACCGUGUUCUUGAAAAAACAAUUUAGCCAAAAGAUAAAACUCUCGCUCUUGGUUUUGUUGGUCGGAGUUGGCAUAGCAUCUGUGACAGAUCUCAAACUCAACCUUCUCGGUUCCGUUCUUUCUCUUCUAGCCAUUGGGACGACAUGCGUGGCUCAAAUCAUGACUAACACAAUACAGAAAAGGCUCAACGUUUCUUCAACUCAAUUGCUGUACCAAUCGGCUCCAUUUCAGGCCUCCAUUCUCCUCCUCCUCGGUCCUUUUGUGGAUCAAUGCCUCACAAAGCGGAGUGUAUUCGCCUACAAGUACUCACCGGUCGUCAUGGUGUUCAUCAUACUCUCUUGCCUGAUCGCCGUGUCUGUGAACUUCAGCACGUUUCUGGUGAUAGGGAAGACGUCACCGGUGACAUAUCAGGUGCUGGGCCACCUCAAGACUUGCUUGAUCCUCACUUUUGGCUACACUCUGUUGCACGACCCCUUCACCUACAGGAACGUGAUAGGCAUACUCAUCGCCAUCAUCGGCAUGGGCCUCUACUCCCACUUCUGCACCAGAGAGAGCAAGAGGAGGCAGAACGACGACCACCAUCAACUCAGCCCAAACUCUCAGACCAAGAACAGAGAAACCACCCCGUUGUUGAUCGCAAUUAACUUGGACAACUCGGAUACAGGAGCAGAGGCUAGAAAGUCUGGUCGGUAACAAACUAAGUGCCCCUUGGCCUUGGCUUAAAUCAGCUCAAGCUUAUGCCACAGUCCUAAAAUCUUUCGAGAUUGGUUCCGUUGCACGUUUUGGCAUACUCGUGGGAGCAUUCCACCUUGUGCUGUCACCAAUCAAUCGUCCAUCCUCCUUGGUGUAAACUGCCCAAUCCAAUUUUGGGUCCAACCUUAGAAUUUUUUAAGUUACGUAUUGUGAUAAUAUGUAUUGCAAAUUCACCAAUGUUGCGGUAUGAAUGCUGGUCAUUGAAGGGAAUCGUUCACUUUGUUCUUCA